AUGAUGCCAAAGACAAAAGGCAAGAAGAAGAAGGUGGAGAAUUAUGUGGAGAUUUACGAGAGCGAGCUCAGGAACUACGAGCCGGAAAAAGUGGAAAACUACGAAGACGAGUAUCACAAGAAGAAAGUGUAUGAGGUGGUGACGGUCACAGGCGAUGAGAGAGGUGCAGGUACUGACGCCAAUGUGUUUGUCACUCUGUUUGGAGAGUACGGCAUCACGCCCAAAUUUCAUCUGGCAAGCAAGAGCCGAACUGCGUUUGAACGUGCUAAGACAGACGUGUUUAGAAUCCGAACUCACAAUGUUGGUGCCAUUAAAAAGAUCCGGAUUGAACAUGACAACACAGGCUUAAACGCCAGUUGGUUCUUGGACCGAGUGAUCGUGACGGAUCUCAUCAGACCUCAUUUGAGGUUCUACUUUGCAUGUAACAACUGGCUGAGUAAGGUGGAGGGAGACUGUCUGUACGUCAGGGACCUGCUGGGAAGCAUGGACCCAAUGGACAUACCCAGAUAUAAUAAAUAUGUGGUGAGUGUUUUCACUGCAGAUAUGAAAGGUAGCGGUACAGAUGCGGAUGUGUUUGUGAAUAUAUUCGGCGAGUUUGGUGACACAGGGGAACGGCGACUAGACAACGACAAAGACAACUUUGAGAAAGGUUCAGAGGACAAGUUCACCAUUGAAGCACCAAACCUGGGCAAAGUGAGGAAGAUCACUAUCGGUCACAAUAACAAAGGCUCAUCAGCUGGCUGGUUUGUGGACAAGGUGCUCGUAGACGACUUGGGAAACAAGAUGGUGUAUGAAUUUCCUGUCAGCCGCUGGUUUGCCAUUGACGAGGAUGAUGGGAAAAUACAGCGAGACAUCUUGGUUGGUGGAACUCAGCCCACAGGAAUUGUGUACAACGUCCAGAUUGUGACAGGGAACAUCCGGGGUGCCGGGACCAACUCCAAAAUUCACAUGGUGAUGCAUGGAUCCAAAGGCUUCAAAAACAGUGGCCGGGUGUUUCUGGAAGGAGGAAAAUUCGAGCGUGGCCUGACCGAUAUCUUCAGCGUUGAGAUCGCUGCACUGCUCAGUCCACUGAGCAGAGUGACCAUCGGGCACGACAAUGGAGGGGUCAGUGCUGGCUGGUACUGUGAAAAGGUGGUCGUAUACUGUCCAUUCACUGGGAUCGAGCAGACGUUUCCCUGUGGCAAAUGGCUGGAUGAGAAGGAAGGUGACGGUCUGAUUGAGAGGGAACUGUACGAGAUGGUCUCGCUGCGGCAGAAGAGACAGAAAAAGCAUCCCUGGUCCCUGUGGAUUUGGACUACAGACAUCCCAAAUGCUGGAACGGACGCAGACAUCUCCUUCCAGGUGUACGGCGAGAAAGGCAAGUCAGACGAGAUCAGGCUGGACAACAAAACGGACAACUUUGAACAAGGCCAGGUGGACCGCUUCAUGGUGGAGCUGCCCGACCUGGGGAAGCCAAUCAAACUUCGUAUCUGGCAUGAGAAGAGAAAUGCCUUUGCUGGAUGGCAUCUGAGUAAGGCAACACUGAUGAAAACAUUGACGAAAGAGAAGUACAGAUUUCCGUGUGAGCGUUGGUUAGACACCAAUGAAGACGAUAAUGAGGUUGUGAGGGAACUUCCAGCCUGUGGAGACUUUAUCUCUGAGCCACUGCCACUGAUAAAGUACAGGGUGACAGUCUGCACCGGAACAGUCAGCGGCAGUGGCACGGAUGCAUCUGUAUUCAUCAACCUUAUCGGCGACCAAGGAGACACAGGAAAUAGGGAGCUGGUCGUCUGCAAAAACAAUGUCAACAAAUUUGAGAAGGGAAAUUUGGAUGAGUUCAUAAUCGAAGCCGUGGCCAUUGGUCAGGUGCACAGAGUGAGGAUCGGGCAUGAUGGUAAAGGUGGUGGCAAUGGUUGGUACCUGGAUAAAGUGAUUGUGAGAGAGGAGGGACAGGCAGAAACUCAAGCUGUAGAGUUCCACUGUAAUCGCUGGCUGGAUCGUAGCGAAGAUGAUGGACAGAUUGUACGAGAGUUAGUGCCACUCACUGAUGGCCAACGUCUGUACAACGUCAACUAUCAGAUUGCUGUGAAGACAGGGAACAUUCCAGGAGGCAGCUCGGACUCUACCGUCUUUGUCAAGCUGUAUGGGGAGAACGGGGACACCAGCAAGAUGAUGCUGGCGGUCUCUGACAACAACUUGGGCAACUACUUCGAGACAGGUCGCAUCGACAUCUUCACUGUGGAGACGGCUGACAUUGGUCAAAUCAACCGCCUGUUGAUAGGCCACAACAACGAAGGCAUGCGGGCCGGCUGGUUCUUGGACAGUGUUCAGAUUGUGGUUCCACAGUGUGGGAAGCAGUACAUGUUCCCCUGUCACCGCUGGCUCAGUAAGGACGAAGCAGACGGGAAAACUGAGGUGGAGAUGUACCCCAGUGAGAUCCUGGACGUGGAGCAAUUCAUUAACUACGAGAUAUCAGUCAUCACUGGAGAUGUGGCGUUUGCAGGCACCAACGCCCGAGUCUUCAUCCAAAUCUAUGGAGACAAGGGGAAGACAGAGGUCAUCAGAAUUGAGAGCAGAUCCAACAACUUUGAAAGAGACACCACUGAGAUAUUCAAGAUUUUAGCCAAAGAUGUGGGCAAGAUGUUCAAGAUCCGCAUCGGCCACGACAACUCCGGGGUUGCCGCGGGCUGGUUCCUGGAAUCGGUGGAUGUCAAGCAUCUUAUCACGACCAUGGUGCGCAAGGGGAAAACAGAGGACAAGAAAAAGAAAAAAAAGAAGAAGAAGCACGACGAAGUGGAAAAUGAAGACGGUGGAGAGGAGAUGCAGGAGGUGGUGCUGACCUACCAUUUCCCAUGUUCACGGUGGCUGGCGCGAGGGGAGGAGGACGACGAGCUGGUGGUGGAGCUUCUGCCUGAGGAGACUGAUUUGGAAGUCAACAUCUAUGAAGUCAGUGUCUUCACUGGACACAUGCUGGGCGCCGGGACAGAUGCCAACGUCUUCAUCAAUAUUUAUGGAGAAAAUGGAGACACUGGGGAGCGCCACCUCAAGAACAGUGACAACCUCAACAAGUUUGAAUGCAUGCAGGAAGACAUUUUUUCCGUGGCAGCCGUCGACUUGGGACCGUUGAAGAAGCUUCGCAUUCGUCAUGACAACACACAGUCCAGUUCGUCCUGGUACCUGGAUCGAGUGGAGAUCGUGGACACAAAAGACGACACGACGUACUACUUCCCCUGUAACCGCUGGCUGGCCGUAGACGAGGACGACGGUCAGAUCGCUCGAGAGCUGGUUCCAGUGGAUGAGGCGUUCAUGAGGAAGGACAACGAUGGGGAGGGAACUGGCGCCGCUUUGGGACUUGAGCAAAAAUCCAUGUCCACCACCUACAACAUCAAAAUAAAAACUGGGGAGAAGAAAUACGCAGGAACCGAUGCUAAUGUCUUUGCCAUUUUGUUUGGUGGAAAGGAUGACACAGGAAUCAUAAACCUGAAGGCCUGUAAGAACUACAAGAACAAGUACGAGCAGGGGAUGAUCAAUGAGUUCACAGUGGAGGCCGUGGAUCUGGGCGAUCUGGAGAAGCUGCGCAUCGGUCAUGACAACUCAGGGGGAUCUCCGGGUUGGUUCCUAGACUGGGUAGAGAUUGAUGCCCCAUCUCAAGGUCAGAGGCUUCAAUUUCCAUGUGGACGCUGGUUGGACAAAGCAGAAGACGAUGGAGCAAUCGUCAGGGACCUUUACCCUGCAGAGCUUCAGACCGAGUUCUACAUGCCUUUUGUCCCUUAUGAGAUCAAAAUAUUCACCAGUGACGUGUUCGCUGCCGGAACCAACGCUAGCGUCUUUAUCGUUUUGUAUGGGAGGAAAGGAGUAUGUACGCAGCUGAAGCAUCUCUGCGUCAACAAGAGAGAGAGACGACUCUACUUUGAGAGGGGAGCUGAGGACAUGUUCAUCGUGGAGCUUGAGGAUAUCGGUGAUGUCAUCGAGAAGAUCAGGGUGGGACACGACAACAGGGGAACCAACCCAGGGUGGCAUCUGGAUAGGGUGGAAAUCAGACGUCAGCUCAGGAAAGGAAAAGGGUCUGAGACCACCAUCUUCCCGUGCGAGUGCUGGUUGGCCAAAUCUGAGGAUGAUGGGGAGACUGUACGGGAGCUCGUUCCCUCAGAUAUCAUCACAGAGAAGCUGUUGAGAGACGGCAAGCUGAAAACUACAGAGACGGAAGUGGAAGAUGCUUUGGAGACUCACACGUAUGAGGUGUCUGUGAGGACAGGCGAAAUGUACGGAGCAGGAACUGACGCCAACGUCUUCCUCACCAUCUACGGCGACCUGGGAGACACAGGGGAGCGGAAACUCUCCAAGUCUAAGAACAAUAAGAACAAGUUUGAGAGAGGACAGGUGGACAAAUUCACCAUGGAAGCAGUUGACCUGGGCCAAGUCUUCAAGAUCCGAAUUCGCCAUGAUAACUUUAUGGUGGCAGCUGACUGGUACCUGGACCAGGUGGAGGUGGUAGACCUGGACACAGAAGAGUCCUACAUGUUCCUGUGUGAGCGCUGGCUGUCUACCAAAAGGGAGGACAAACGGGUGGAGAGGACCUUCUACAUCAAGGACUACGAGGGUGAUCGAAACAUGGAUCCCUACUCCAAGAUGCUCGCUCAGGCCAAAGCGGGUCUGGACUGGAACGCAAACAAGAAGAAGAAGAAGAAAAAAGUAGCCAUGGUGUCAGAAGGACCUAUCAUUCCCUACCACUUCACCCUGUCCACUGGUGUUGAGCGUGAUUCCAGCACCACCGCCCGUGUCUAUGUCAUCAUCCUUGGUGCAGGUGAUGUGGAGACCGACCGCCUGUGGCUUGACCUGCCUGAAGGAAAGGCGUGCUUUGCCUCAGGCUCCAUGGAGCAUUUUGUCUGUUAUGGGUCUGAUGUGGGUGAGAUCAAGAGGGUGGAGGUAGUAUACUCAAUCACAGUUGUGACUGGCGAUAUACAAUACGCUGGCACUGACACCAACAUCUUCCUGACUGUAUGUGGUGCCAACGGAAGCACAGAGGAGAUGCAGCUUCCCAAAAAUGGAGAUAGGUUUGAAAGAGGUCAAGAGGACAUCUUUACACUGGAGAUUGACGACAUCAGCCCCCUGAAGAAGAUCAGAGUCCGUAUAGAUGGUACAGGAAGUCGCCCUGACUGGUUUCUGGACCGGAUCCUCAUGAGGAACUUGACCACGGAGGAGGUUUAUUCAUUCACCUACGACAACUGGCUGUCAAAGAGCAAGGGGCCGAAGAGGACAAAAAUGUGUGAGCUACCUGCUGUGGUGGACGAUGAGGAAAUGGUGGAGAAGACUACCUACAUCAUCCAGGUCCAGACCAGUGACAUUGGAGGUGCUGGUACUGACGCCAACGUGUUCCUGAUACUGUUUGGAGAGUUUGGGGACACCGGAAUGCUGGCACUGAAGGAGAGCACCAACAGGAACAAGUUUGAGCGUAAGACGAAGGACGUGUUUAGGUUCCCUGACAUGCUGAGUCUGGGUGAGCUGUCCAAGGUGCGGGUCUGGCAUGAUAACAAAGGCCCAUCACCUGGUUGGCACUUGGAGUAUGUUGAAGUGAAGGACGAAGCCAUGGACCAGACGUUUCGCUUCCCCUGUGAUCGUUGGCUGUCCAAAACUGGAGGCGACAAACAGACGAUGAGGGAGCUGGCCUGUGCCAAUAAUGAUACAGUGGACCUCGCCGACAAAAUCAAAUAUGAAAUUGCUGCAACAACUGCAAACACAGAUGAAGCUUCUACCAGUGAAAACGUCUGGAUCAUUCUGGAGGGAAGGAAGGCUCGGUCCAAGGAGUUUGUCUUGGAGAACAAGAAGAAGAAGUUCCAGAGUGGAGCCACCGACACCUUUGAGUUCUCUUCCAAACACAUUGGCGAGAUCGCUGGCAUCUGCAUCGGCCACAUCACUAAAGACGGCAAGAAGCCAAAGAGUGAAGCUACCUGGCAUGUUUUGGAGGUGGUAGUGACAGAAAAGGAACUGGGGAACAAAUAUUUCUUCCAGUGUGACGCGCAAAUCCCUCUGUCAGCCAAAAAGGACCUCUUCCAGACAUUUGAGUGCUACAAGACUGUCGAGAGUUUCGCCAGCAAAGUCCGGAACCUUGUGCCUGUCAAGUAUGAGAUUAUCGUCAUCACCGGCGAUGUUAAGUCAGCAGGGACAGAUUCUUACGUCUUCAUCACCAUCUACGGCGUCAAUGGAGACUCAGGUAAGCGGCAAUUGAGGAAGAAGUGGCGGAAUCUUUUCGAACGAGGGCAGACGGACAGAUUCGUGCUGGAGAUGUUGGACCUUGGGGAGUUGCUGAGGGUCAAAGUGGAGCAUGACGACAGUGGCUCCAGCGCUGGCUGGUAUCUGGAAUGCCUUGAGGUGACAAACACAGCCAACUCAGUGACCACCAUCUUCCAGUGUGGGAAAUGGAUGGACAGGAAAAAGGCUGAUGGACAGAUCCAUAGAGUUCUUUAUCCGAGAUACUAG